UGCUGCCGCCCGGCUCCGGCUCCGGCUCCAGCUCCCCCCGCCCGUGACAUCAGCGCUCGGGCUGUGCUGCCGGCUCCGCCGCCUUCUCCCGCCCCGGGAGGCGCUCGCUGCCCGCCGCUCGGCCCGGGCUGGGCUGGGCUGGGCUGGCGGCGCCCCGGCCCUGGGGCUUGUGCCGCUGGGACCCGCCCGGAGCAGCCGCAGAGGAGCAAGGUGGACUUCAGAUUCAAGCAGUGGACCGGAGUGAAGUAUGUGCAAGGAUGUUUCAACACAGUGGGAGCUGAACUGUAAAAUCUUACUGAUAUGGUAGAUUAAAAUGUAUUCAGCAGGAUCUGGAACUACCAAGAAAAAUAUUUUUCUGAAAGUUGCAUCUCAACACCAUCCUCUUGACAGCCAGCAUUGCCCACACUGGAUGGCACAGCGACUGCUGAAAGAGCCCCUCCCAGGACAAAAUAUGACCCAUUAGCAUUUCCCAGGACAGCGCAAGGGUUUCAAGAUGGCAGCCCAAAGGAUUCGCGCAGCCAAUUCCAGCGGCCUCCCACGGUGCAAGUCUGAGGGAACACUGAUUGACCUCAGUGAAGGGUUUUCAGAAACCAGCUUAAGUGAUGUCAAAGUGCCUUCUCCUAGUGCCUUGCUGGUUGACAAUCCCACGUCAUUUGGAAAUGCGAAAGAAGUUGUAGCAAUCAAAGACUAUUGUCCAACUAACUUUACCACCUUAAAGUUCUCCAAGGGUGAUCAUCUCUAUGUCUUGGAUACCUCAGGAGGCGAGUGGUGGUAUGCUCACAAUACCACAGAAAUGGGUUACAUACCUUCCUCUUAUGUCCAGCCUGUAAACUAUCGUAACUCUUCCUUAAGUGAUAGUGGAAUGAUAGACAAUCUACUUGAGAGCCCUGAUGAAGGGGUCAAAGAGCUAGAUCUGCUUGGAGAAUGGACUGACAUAAAGAGAAACUCUGCCAAAACCUGUAGCAACAACCCUUUCUUGAAUGGGGUCCAGACAAAUCCAUUUCUGAAUGGGAACUCACAAAUAAUGCCCAACACAGAGGAAGUGUGUGCGCCCAAAACCACCAUUGACUUACUGCUGUUUGACACGGGGCCUUCUGUGUUUACAGGGUCCAGUUCUGCAGCUACUAGCACCACAGGUAACACUUUUGAUGAACUUUCUUCCAUGAACAGAUUUGAGUCAGAACACCCAGUGAAGCGGGAUAAUCCCUUCUUCAGAAGCAAACGCUCCUACAGUCUUUCAGAGUUAUCUGUCCUUCAAGCAAAAUCUGAAACCCCAGCAUCAUCAGGAUUUUUUAGUGGGUUGAAAUCUCCUAUGCCUGAGCAAUUCCAAAGCAGGGAAGAUUUUAGAACAGCAUGGCUGAACCACAGGAAGCUGGCUAGGUCUUGCCAUGACCUGGAUUUGCUAGGCCAGAACCCUGGGUGGGGUCAGACGCAACCUAUAGAGACCAAUAUUGUCUGUAAGUUGGAUAGUUCCGGGGGAGCAGUUCAGCUUCCAGAUACGAACAUCAGUAUCCAUGUGCCUGAAGGGCAUGUCUCUCCAGGAGAAACACAGCAGAUCUCUAUGAAAGCCAUGUUAGAUCCACCUCUGGAACUCAGCAGUGACAAGUGUAGCACCAUAAGCCCUGUGCUGGAAAUUAAACUGAGCAACAUGGAGGUUAAAACAUUCAUUAUAUUGGAGAUGAAAGUAUCGGCGGAAGUUAAGAAUGACAUCAUGAGCAAAAGCUUGGUGGAAUUGCAGUGCUUGCGGAGUGACACAAAAGAAGGUCCAUACACACCCAUGCAGCUAAACUAUUGCUAUGGAGACACACUACAAGUGCAGUUGGAGAACCUGGAGCCUUGCAUGUAUAUAGCUGUGGUAGCCCAAGGACAAAACAUCCUAUACCCUUAUACUGUUUGGGACUACAUCAGUAAAAAGGUGACAGUUGGUGUCUAUGGCCCCAAGCACAUCCAUCCUUCUUUUAAAACUGUGGUGGCUAUUUUUGGACAUGACUGUGCACCAAAGACUCUCUUAGUGAAUGAGGUUACAAGGCAAGUCCAUGGCACAGCACCCGUAGCACUGCAGUUGUGGGGAAAGCAUCAGUUUGCUUUGUCCAGGCCACAAGAUCUAAAACUCUGCAUGUUUUCCAAUAUGACUAACUAUGAGGUGAAGGCUAGCGAGCAGGCUAAAAUUGUCAGAGGGUUCCAGAUGAAGCUGGGUAGAGUUAGCCGCCUUAUCUUCCCCAUCAUGUCACAUGACCCCAAUGAACUCUCAGACUUCACAUUGAGGAUACAAGUCAAAGAUGACAAAGACGCCAUAUUGACUCAGUUCUGUGUACAGACACCACAGCCACCUCCUAAAAGUGCCAUCAAGCCCAUUGGUCAGAGAAGAUUUCUCAAGAAGAAUGAGGUUGGGAAGAUCAUUCUGUCCCCUCUAGCUGCAACCAGCAAAUAUCCCACCUUUCAGGAUCGGCCAGUGGCAAGCCUGAAGUAUGGCAAACUACUCAAGACGGUGGUGCGGCAAAAUAAGAAUCAUUAUUUACUGGAGUAUAAAAAAGGAGAUGUCAUAGCUCUCCUCAGUGAAGAGAAGAUCAAAUUGAAAGGGCAGCUAUGGACAAAGGAGUGGUACAUUGGCUACUAUCAGGGGAAAAUUGGCCUUGUUCACACCAAAAAUGUGCUAGUGCUUGGGAAGGUCAAGCCGAGCUAUUUUUCUGGACCUGACCUCAGCACCAUUGCAUUGCUUGAGCAAAUCCUGAGACCCUGUAAAUUUCUGACCUACAUCUAUGCCUCAGUAAGGACUCUGCUCAUGGAAAAUCUCAACAAUUGGCGGGUGUUUGCAGAUGCUUUGGGGUACUUGAACUUGCCGCUCACUUUCUUCUGCCGGGCAGAGCUGGACAGUGAGCCGGAGCGAGUGGCCUCUGUGUUGGAGAAGCUGAAAGAGGACUGCAAUAAUACAGAGAACAAGGAUAGGAAAUCUUUCCAGAAGGAGCUAAUGGCGGCCUUGCUGAAGAUGGACUGCCAAGGGCUUGUUGUCAGGCUCAUUCAGGACUUUGUGCUCCUCACCACAGCGGUGGAAGUGGCUCAACGCUGGAGGGAACUGGCAGAGAAGUUAGCCAAAGUCUCCAAGCAACAGAUGGAUGCCUAUGAAGCUCCCCACCGGGACAAGAAUGGAGUGGUGGACAAUGAGGCCAUGUGGAAACCAGCAUAUGAUUUCCUGCUAACCUGGAGCAACCAAAUCGGGGACAGCUAUCGUGAUGUUAUCCAGGAACUUCACACAGGGCUGGACAAAAUGAAAAGCCCCAUCACAAAACGCUGGAAACAUCUCACAGGAACCUUGAUCCUAGUCAAUUCCUUGGACAUACUUCGUGCAGCGGCCUUCAGUCCUCAGGACCAUGAAGAUUUUGCCAUCUAACAGUGGGAAAUAUUGGCAUGCCUAAUUCCUUGUGUUUUUAGCAGAUGGCUCCAAAAAGGAAGGCUCCUUGCACAGUUCUGAAAGGCCAAAGUUUGGAAGUCCUCUCUAGGACUGCAGUUCAGCAGUAAAGCUGGACCUCCUUCAGCACUCUCCUCCUUGUGGGGGGAAAAAGUCCAGAAAAGUUUAUUUUCUAUUUGAUCUGGUUGAUAUCAAUUAAACCAUUUUUACUUGUUAAGUUUAAAUUGGGGUGGGGGAGGUGGAAGAGACUACUAUUUUUAGGCAUUUACAAAUAAAUAUCUAACUUUUUUUUAAUGAAGACUAAAGGUUGAAACCACUUUAGGGGAGUUGUUGCCAUUUUUUAUGUUGUGUAGAAACUUCUCUUUUAAAUUAUCACUUUGAAAUUAGCCUCGAACCAUGUAAAUAAUGUGUUUAGGACAGACCACAAUGUGUGUCUCGGUCUCCCCUGUUGCCACACCCUUUACAAAGUUUUUUACUUUUUACAGCGUGUGACUAUGUUUAUAAACUAUUGCAUUAAGAUGAAAUGGCCUGCAACUCUGAGAAUGUUACAAAAAAAAAAAGAGUUUUAUGCUUCCUUGUUCAUAAUUCCCUCUUUCCCUUUUUGUUAUACACGUUUUUUUAAUUCUACAUGGAGAAAUACAUUGUCUGUUUUCAAAUGUUCAAGAACAAGUUUUUAACUGGAAAAGUUAAUGCUGUCAUUAGCAUCAGGCAAAGGAGUGCUUCAUACCAGCCUGCUGCUACAAGAAAUGUUGGGAAAGAAGCUGAAACGAUUUCUGAUUCAGUGGAUUGCUCUCCUUUUUCCUUCCCCUUCCUGCCCCACUAUGGACAUUCACUAAAAAGAUGCCAGUCUUCUUUAUGGUAGAACCUUGCCUAACUACUUCAUGCUUUGCCUCCUCAGUAAACUCUUCUCUAAAAUUUAUACUUGAUGAAAGUGCUCAGAAGAGGACAGAACAGCUGUAUUAUAAAACCUUUAAAAAAUCAGUUUUUACUGAUUUUUAGGAUCUGUUUGGAUCUGAUCCAAAGCACCUUGGAGUCAGUGGAAGCUGUUACUUAGAAUUAAAUGGUCUUUGAUUUUACUGGCUUUUGGACUGAGUUUUUUUCAAGGUUACUGACCUCCAAUCUAUGAUUUAAAGAGUCCUCUGCCAUAUAAGGGGUUCCACAGAACUAAACCUGAAACACCUCUGUAGCAUCCUGUGCCACAUAUGCUACCCUUUUUUAAUAGCUGCCUCUUUUAAAUUACCCUCUCCUUCCCUCCUUUUGAAACACUUAAUGUGGGGAAAAAUAUUUUUGCACAGAAUGAAGUUUAUUUUGAGUGUAAAGUCCCAUUUAUAACAUAGCAAUGAUGCCACACAUAAUGAAAAGCUGGGAAAAACAUGGUCUAUUAAAGAAAUAUCUUUCAAGCUGACUAGAAAGGUUUUAGAAGCAUAUUUGUAUCAUUUUUUUUUUUUCAGGUGUAGGGAUUCACCUAACCAUGCUGUAUAGAAAGCUGUUUUUUACUGACUGAUUUGUGAUUGAAAGUUGCAGGAAGAUAAUGACACUUUCUCCCAAACCACUUCUGCCACCUCUAUUGUAAAGUUGGUAGCAUAGGAGGUUACAAAUGGUCUCAACCAUCCACCUGUAGGUUUGCUCUGAAAAGUUCAGCUGGCUUCCAUCACAGGGCCCCUUCACCUGCUGUCUAAAAUUAUGGCUUAUACACAGUCUGCCUGAGCCUUCUGUUACACUAACAUUUGACACUUUUGCUACCCCAAAAGUUGACCUGUUAAGGCAAAUACUGCCAAGCUAGUGUGAGUAGCUAGACAUAUAUGGUUUAUUGCAACUACAUCCUUGUUUGGAUUACUGGAUGUAGUCACGUUCUCUUCUAGCCCUUCCAAAGUUCAUCCCCAAAAUAUUAUUAGUAACAGCAUUUUUCUUUUUCUCUCUUACCUGUCCUCACAAGAAUGAACAGCACCUUAACCAUGGAUUUUAUCCUCAGGGGCCUUAAGGAGUGUCCUAUGCAAUGUAUCACAGACUUAAAAUCCAUUAAACCCCACAGAUACUUUUUUUUCUUUUUAAAGAAGCAGCCACCUUAAAAGCAUAAGCUCUUCAUGCUCUGAACCAAAACUGAUAUGGAAACAGGAAUAUCUUGCGUGAGAGGGAAGCUGAAGCUCAACACACUAAUUAAAAGCAUCUAACCCAGCAGAGAGCAAGUUUGUUAAAGGAGCAGCUCUUCAAAAUGCCACGUACAGCAGCAGAGUUGUCUUAAGCAGCUGUUAAACGGACAUGUUUUUGUGCUUUAUCUGAACAUUGGUUUCUCUGUUUCUAAUAACUUCUAUUUAAAUCCAUGAUCCUACCAACGGAUCUCUGUAAGCAAACCCUUCUGUCGGUGCAGACGUCUGUUGAGUAGCUUCUUUAGGGUUUGGUGCAGAGAUCCAGUCAAAGGCUGUGGGUCUGUAAGAAGCAUCAAUAUAGCACAUGGCAAGCAAUGAGCAUGGUUUGGAUCAAGACAGUGGAGGCAGUAGUGGCCUUAGUGAUCUUACAAGCAAUGUUUAGCCUAGAGGACAAACAUGUUUAGCUUCCUGGGAUUCUUAUAAGAUGGGAAAUAACUGGAUAGUUUUGGAGUUGUUUUUUUUCCCAGUUUUCCUAACUACCUCAGGAACUGUACACCCAGCUUAACACAUUUCAACGGAAGCCUAAAACCACCUUGCUAAACCAGACUCUUCUAUUCUUGAGAAUCCUUUGAGCACAACUGUCAAGUUCUGGAUUAGUGGGUGCUAUCACUACGUGAUUCAGCCUUCCCCUCUCCCUCCAUUAGAAAUUCAGUGUCUUUUUAUUCACCACAAUCUGGGUGUGUGUCCCUCCAAAUGCCUUUCGCCCAAGAAAUGUCAGGCCCUGCUAUGGAACCUUGGUCUGGAUUUGCAUUACUACAGUAUGUACAGUAACUGGUUAUUGUACUUAACAGUGUUUUAAUGUUCCUUUUUUUUAAAAAAAAUUAUAUGGAAAAAAAUAUUAUGAUUAAAGCUGUUGUUUGAACACUC